UUCAAUUGGGGGCCAGGCCCGUCCCAAAGGAGCCGUCGUCGGAGGCAGAGGCCAAUGUUGGGGUGGUUCCCUUAGAUGGGUGUAUGUAGUUCUUUUUUGUAACCAGUGAAAGCUUAGGACCCAUAUUACAGGCGGUACAAAAGCUUGGCCAGGCCCGUCGUUGUAGGAGAGGGCCCGGUGGGAUUUGGGAAGCCCCUUGUAAUCCUGUUGCCGUUUACGUCAGUUAUCUUCGACCAGGCUUAAAAAAAAAAAAGCUCAGUAGACGAAACAUUACUCUUUCUCCACCUAAGCAUUAAAAGCUACAGGUUUUCCAGUCGGAGGAGAAAACGUCCGUGUUCUGCAGUGCCUGAUUGACGCGACGUAAAGAAAACGGAACCUUCGUUAUAGGCUGUCGUUCCUUUGAAGAGUCCGGACGACUUUCCGCGUUGGACUCGCCGGCGGAGAACUCGGGCCAAAAGACGCGACGAAUGCAAGGUAAAGAUAAACUGCAUUAAUCAGAAAUAGAUACCAGUAUCUUUGUUUGGAUAAGGGAAGCGGUUCAUCGAUAUUCAUUUAUGGCUUCAUUUCUCAAGUUGCUGGAUUUUCUGUCUUUGAUAAACAAACACUAUUGCCAAAGUAACUUGUGUAGGACUCUUUCAAAUGGUCACCGUUCAAGGUGGUACAGUAGCUAUCAGAGACCCGGAACAUCUAUUGAGAAAAUUUCACCACGGAAGACAAUUGAUAACUUUAAGAAAGUAGCGGAAGACCUCAAAACACAAUGUGGGCUUGUAAAGAAAGAGGUAGUUGAUUUUGUGAAAGGAUUUGACCAAAGCCAAGUACAAGAUUAUAUAUUUAAUCAGACAAAAGUAAUAUGGGAAUUUCGUAGUGAAGAAGAUAUAAAUAAAUGGAUACUUGGUUCUGAUGCAGCGAUUGGAGGGAAAAGUGAAAUUUGUAUAAAACUAGAUAAGAAUAAACAGUAUGCUACUGUGUCUGGGAACCUCAAUACUGCUGUACCUCGUGAUGGAGUGACAAAGUAUAGUGGAUAUUGUGCUAUGGUAUCAAAACCAGAAAUGCUUGCUUUUCAGCGCACAAAGUUCCAUGACUGGUCAAAUUUUAAUAGUCUAUAUCUGCGUGUCCGUGGUGAUGGUAGACCGUGGAUGUUAAACAUCAAUCCAAACAAAUACGACCCUACUUCAGUGAAGGAUUCUUAUAACUACUUCAUAUUCCCCCGAGGGGGGCCAUAUUGGGAGGAAAUUGAGGUACCAUUUUCUAAGUUCUUUUUUACAAGCCACGGGAGAAUCCAGGAUGGCCAGUAUGAAAUGUGGGUAGAUAGGAUCAGCACAUUGGGACUUACUCUGGCUGAUAAAGUAGAUGGUCCAUUCCAACUGGAUAUAGAUUUCAUAGGAUUGUUCAGUGACAGAUCACACACACAAGCAUUUCCCUAUGAACUCUAUGAAAGAAAUUCCAAGAAAUAGAACAAGUGGAGGAAUGUUGUUCCUUUCAGUUUAGAAUAUUUCUGCAAUUGCAUGCCAUUCAAUACUAAUCCAGAGUUGGACUUAUCAGUGAAUACAAGCUACAUAAGCAAUUAGUUAUGGAAAAACAACACAAAUCAACCUAGUAAAAUGUCUAUGAUAGUGUCAUCUAGCACACAGCUAUUUAGCCAUCUGGAUUUAAACAGUGGUGGGAAAUAAAACUAAUGUGCACAUGCUCCUCAGCCUCCAAUUAAUAAAAAAUGUGUAUAAGAAACAGAACUAAGUUUAUCCUACUUUUAACAUGUAGUUUUCUACCGUUGGUUAGGUUACCUUGACCAAAAGAAAAGUACUGAAUUCCUUUUAGCUGAAGGAGAAAUAAAUGUAUUUUAUGAAUAUCAAAAUGUUGUACAUAAUAAAUAAAUUGCCAUCAAGUUG